AUGUUGCUCAGCAACGCCAUGAUGAACCAAGACACGUGUCUCGAUGGUUUCACGACAAGUGACCAUGACAAUAACAAUGAUAGGACGUAUGAGUUGGCUGAUAACUUGAAGGAAAGCAUGUUAAACAUUUUUAAUAAUCUCGGUAACUCUUUGGAUAUGUUUCAAAAGCUUAUGGAGAAGAAACAUUCCCCAAAAGCUUAUGAUGUUGACGUUGAAUUCCCGAGUUGGAUCUCAAAGAAUGACAAGAGACUCAUUCACGGUUUGGUGCUAGGGACCAAUUUCAAUCUCACGGUGGCAAAAGAUGGUACAUGA